AAAUAAACACAGCGUGAUAUCAUUGCAUGCGCAGGCGACACUCAGAUUGAUCAUUAUACUUUGUUUCAACUUUCAACUGAAAGCAUUAAGAGAUAUAUACACAAUGUCUCUAUCAUUCUCACGAGCGACUGUUCACUUCAUCCUGAUCAUGUCAACAAUCUACCAAGUGAACAGCAAAAAUAUAAGUAUAAUAAGAGGAGAAAAAGAUGUAUUCACAAAUCAAUUUGACUGUCAUUUUACAAAAGCUGUUUGUUUCGACAAGAACUGUACAUAUUGCCAAUGUCAAGGGGAGGAUGAGACCUUCGUACGAACAAGAGGCAGUUAUGGGGAGUGUGUACUAAAUGAGUACUUGGCCUAUGUAACAUGUAAGUGAUUUGAGAGGUCAGAAAAUGCAUCAUCUUUGGAUGUGAAUUGUGUUGGAUAUUGGUUAGCCCAAACAAACAUCAAUAUUAUGUCUUGUUUCUACACGGUCGUGGUUCUCCCGACCAUAUCUAUAGAUAACAUGAGGCAAUACAGUAUAGUGACGAUGUAUUUUUCCUAUCUGAUUGUUUAAUUAAAACCGGAAAAAGUGAUGACUGUCUUGUUUAUAUUGUUCAAAGAAUAUAGACAGCAAUUUAUUUCAAUUGUGUGUAAAUUCAAGAAAGUGUCUUCAUUCAGCAUGAUUUAAUCGCGGCUGACGUAAGUAACCGUGUCAAGAUAGCCGAUGUAAGAGUGCCGAUAUAUCACUGAAACAAUGAAGUCGACUGAGUUGUAUUAAGGCCUGAUUCCACGACAUUCUUCGCAAGAAAUUGUGCCUGCGAAAUACGGAUAGUUGCACAUGAGCGAUUCCAUUGAAUUUUCCCACUUUUUCCGCUUUCGCAAUGAGUAGAACUGACUUCUAUACUCACUGGUGAACCGAAAUUUUUUCUCGCGAAGCAUAAUUUAUCUUUACUGCGCACGCACCUAGUUCAUUUCGCGCGAAAUAUUUCGCAUUUCGCCGAAGAAAGCGCCCGUGGAAUAUAUGCAGGACACAAGAGACAAGCAAUAGAUGCUUACAUUAAUAUAUUCUCAAAUAACGCAAAAAUAAAAUAAUAUAAUAACAUAAGAUAAUAUAAUAUUAUCUUUUUUCUACAAAAGGGAAACUGAAGGUGGUAGAACUUUUAGUGUAACUACAAUGAAACUUUGGAACAGUCUACCACUAAACUUAAGACGGCAUUUGAACGUCCGUAUUUUUAAGAAUAAAUAUGUAGAAAUUUUAGAUGCACACCAACAAUCUCUUAGCCAUUUGUAAUUGUAUUGAUAUAUACCGAACCAUAAUUUAGUAAAGUAAAUUUGUAAAUAUAGAUAUAUACUGUAUUGAUAGUUUAAUUUGUGUACUCGUAUUUUAGAAAUUGUUGUAUUAUUGAAAUUGAGGGCUACAAGUUUAUUAGUACUUUUGUACUAUUACGUACUACCCUCUUGAAAUAAAGACUAACGCCCACGGAUACUUUUAGCACGUUUCAACAUGAGUUCAAAUAUUGUCCUUCCUCAAUCUAGCAUAUAAUUCAUCAUUCCUCGCACAAGAUACCACGAAGGAAUCGUGCUUGUUUGAUUACAAGGCAGCUCGUUACAGGUUUGUAAAGUUAUACAUAAUAUAUGAAUGAUUUAAGGCUGAAUUCUAUGCAGUUAAGCGUUUUAAUAUACGUACGUACACGCACGGAAAAGGUUAAAUGUUUCUAACUUUUAUGUAUUUAUUAAACUUUACCAUAAUUUCCUCAACAAAUCGUUCAUUUAGUUAUUUUAUUAUCCUAUUAUACAUUGUAAUCACUACGUGUCUUCUAAUUACAGGAGGCCCAGGCUCUAUUUGCCCGCGUCCGCCUGUGCCUUCCUUAUAACCAUAGAUAUAGGAGAUCUAGAUUGCUAACGCAUACCUAGCGCAGGCGGGGCCUACAUGAUAAAUCCAAGAUGGCGGUACAAGAGGGCAAAAAGACUAUAGAUUCUAUUACGAAAAUCAAGAUUUUUGCAUUUUUGCCGUCGCAUUGUUUUGAAACUUAUUCGGUCAAAUUUUAUGGUAAAGAGAAACUUACCGCGAAGAUUUUGAGCAUAUUUAUGAUUGAAUUGGAUGAAAACUCGCAAAAUUAUCCAGCGAUAAAAGUUCGUGUAUAGUACUGAUAUAGUACUAUAUAUGUAACUUGUACAGUUUUGCUUUAAUUUUUGCUCACUAUUUGCAUGGAAAGCAAAUUAUAACAGACCAUAGGUGAUAGACCCUUAUCCAGUGCUCUCAUCAGUUUACUUCUCUAACAAGCAAGGAGGGGGGGGGGGUACAUAACAGUUCAUUUUUCAUAAUUAUGAGGACAGAGCAGAUGAUGAUGAAAGAUGCAAGUAUAAAACACCAUUCACAAGACUAAAUGUUAACAUAGCACAGUAUUUCUGGCAAUAAAACGAUCCAACUGACCAACUGACCAUUUCACACGAACUUUUAUCGCUGGAUAAUUUUGCGAGUUUUCAUCCAAUUCAAUCAUAUAUAUGCUCAAAAUCUUCGCGGUAAGUUUCUCUUUGCCAUAAAAUUUGACCGAAUAAGUUUCAAAACAAUGCGACGGCAAAAAAUGCAAAAAUCUUGAUUUUCGUAAUAGAAUCUAUAGUCUUUUUGCCCUCUUGUACCGCCAUCUUGGAUUUAUCAUGUAGGCCCCGCCUGCGCUAGGUAUGCGUUAGCAAUCUAGAUCUCCUAUAUCUAUGCUUAUAACGAUACUUCCCUCGUUAUAAGGAAGGCACAGGCGGGCGCAGGCAAAUAGAGCCUGGGCCUCCUGUGUUCUAAUUGGCUAAUUGGCCAGUAGCAUACAGCUAAAAAUAGAAAUCACGCAACCGGGUUAUUUAUAGGUUGAAGGCCCGGGGUAUGCAAUUUUAUAGCAAGCGGGCAGUUUUAAAUACAUGAAUAAAAGCAAGAAAAAGGUGCUCUACAGUCCAAUUUGCGCAUGUGCACAAAGGAGCCCACUUUUUAUGAUACAAACAGUUUAACUAUGUUUUGGGUUCUUGCAAAGCCUGAUUGUUGUUUCUUGAUCAUUUAUUAUACUCCAGAAGCUUGAAAAUAUAAAUAGUUGUCGAAUAAAGCUCAAUAUUUUGGACACAAAAAUGUAAACAAAGGCUUUGUUUACAUACGGACUGUAGGGCACCUUUAACGAGUGAAUGUGUUUUGUGCCAAAAGCAGACCUUUUUAAUACUUUCAUCGUAACUUCACUACGUAAAUGAAAUUUCUAAUAUUUUUAAGCUGAUAUUGUGAUAUUUUAUCGUUUUCACUGCUUUUUUUGAGAAUCGAACGUUGCUUUGUGUGCGAAAUCAUUGUUUCUCGAAAGAGUUAGUUAAUGAAAAUACAUUGUAUAAUAAAACAAAGCUAUUGAAUUUCAGCCCCUGGCAUGCCAAACGCCCAUAACCCCGUAGCUUGUGCCACUAGUCCGGCGAUAGUAGGAAAACGAGCCCCGAGCUUCGAUUUAGGCAAAAAUAAAAAACAUUAUAAAACCAUUAAAGGUAAACAAAUAUUUUAGUUUUUGUUCGCGUAAAAUGUUUUACAAAAUUCAGUUUUAAUUUUAAAAUUUCAUUGAGUGUAUGUUAUUUUGUCUAUUUUCUUACCCUUAAAAAUUCGAAUUCCAUAUUUUUGUUGCUUUUUCGUUUUUUUAGUACAGAAUUGUUCAACAAGUCGUCCAAAAAAAUCAUCAGACACUUCGGCAAAAGUGCAAAAUGCGAAUUUUCCGCCAUUUUGAAUUUUCUAUUAGUAGGCUAUCACUAAUAGCCUACUAGUAGCGUAGCCAAUCAGAAGCCACGAUAUGUGAUAGCCUACUAGUAGGUUUAUACUAAUUCCGGAUGGUUUCAGUUGAGAGACCAAAGGCAAAGACAAAUGAAAAUUCGCUUCGCGCGAAAAAAUUCGCAACUGGAAAAUCGGCUUAACUUUUCUGUUAUCAUUCUUGUCUUCGUCUCGACUGAUAACACUUACCUCGACCUUGAUAAUUCUGGAGAUCACAAAAAACCUCAUCCAAUAACUGUUUAUUAAACUUCUCCAUUGAAAUAAAUACGGAGGAAAAGUGUUUAACUGGAAUGCAGCCCUUAAGCAAACUGAAGACCCCCUAUAACAAGGCCUGCAUUUUCGGUGCAGCCUUGAUAGACAGCCUUUCCCCUUUUGAGUGAAAUUUUGAUCUAGACAAGUCUGGACAAAAAUUUCAGCACACCUUGAAAGAGCAUCACAAAAUUAGUAAUAUUCCGAAGUUUCGUUGCGAAAUGUUGUAAAAUGCGGAUAACAUAGCCUUGCGAAGUUUGCCGUUUUUCAGUCAUUUUGUAUUACAAAUGGGAAAUUGAUAAUCAGUUUGAUCAUCUGAUUAUCAAUUUCCCGUUUGUAAUGCAAAAUGACUGAAAAACGGCAAACUUCGCAAGGCUAUAUUAUCCGCAUUUUACAACAUUUCUCAACGAAACUUCAGAAUAUUACUAAUUUUGUUAUUUUUUUCUCCAGGCAUAUCUAGAUCAAAAUUUCACUCAUAAGGGGAAAGGUUUAUUCGGCAAUUGCUAAGAAGCUUAACCAGAAGUUAUCAUAUCUCAAUGACUGUAAAUACAUGGUCGAAACGUACAGACAAUUUGAAUGUCAACAAUACAGAGUGUGCAUUGCUUUGUUUUCUUACUGGCUUGCAGAUAUACAUAUGUCCAAGCGAACCUCGCAUGCGACAUUAAUGCAAUAUCUCAACGAUGGCUAUGGACUAAAAACGAACAACUUUUCAACUUGGACAAGCUAAAAUGCAUCACUGUGGGAUGGAAAAUUAGGAACUACUACAUCUUAUUACUUGAGCAAUGCAACUCGAAUGAAGAGACAAGUAUGGAAAUGUGAUCGAAAUGAUCCAUACUAUGUUUGGCAGGAGCACUCGAAAGGAUAUUUGCACCACGGAGAUCAUGGAAACUAUGUAUCGAGUCAUGUGAACAGAAAUACAGCUCUCAAGUGGAAACGUCGUGGUUCAAAUCAAACUUUAUGUUCUGAAGGUAAAGCUGCAUGUAGUUUACUUUUUCCUUUGCUUGCUAGGGAGGCCUUUUCCACAUAUUAAAAUGUCGAUUAACGCAAAAAUAGUCAUUAGGCGCAAAAAUUUGAUUUAAUGAAACCAACGAGCUCACCUUAUUUUUGUAUAUGGGCAUAAAUAAUCAAUGAUCAAUUUUUAUACUGUUUCAGCGGUGGGUUGCGAGACUUUCCAAGAUGGCUCAUCUCUUGUUGUUCUAAAUCAAACCGUAAAAUGUCAUGAAAAGUCUGAAUGUUGGGGAGAAAAAGAAGUCAAUAUUGGCAGAGAAGUCACAGAAUGCUCACUCUUGCCAGAUCAAACACAAUAUCUGCACAAAGAUGGAUGGCAACGAUUGUUAGUAGAAACAGAAAGUUUUGAUGUAGUGACGAACGAAAACAAAACUUCGUUGAAGGUACUACAGAUUUACUGACAGAUUUACAGUGAUAUCUCCGACGUAUUCCUAGGAGUUCAGCAUUGGUAGUAAUCUAAAUGCAAUAAGCUAUAGCUGUCUUGCUUUUGUUGCGAUUCUCAAAAACACAUAAUAACAUUCUGCUCUCUUUUCAAGUGGGACUUGACCAAAACUCCGAUGAGCUGGAAGGGGCUGAUUGUUAAAGUACAAUUUCAAUGUAAAGGCAGUGGAGAAUAUCAGUACAAUAAAGAAGUUCACUGUGUUCUAAUUAAAUACAAGGGACUUUUCACCGGUACGUACAUAAGUGGGUAUGUGUUAAUCGUCCUUACAUGCAGCAGAGAGCCAAACUGAAUUGCGAGGGACGCGCCUGAACCCGAUCGAGUUGAAAGCUUUCUAAGGGCAGCACCUUAUAACUCAUGUCUGAUCAUGGAACAGCUAUAAUGGUGAAAGAUUCAGCUGGGGGCUUAUCUUUGUCAACAUUCCAUGUGGUAUAGGAAACCGGAGUACCCGAACACCCAUGGGUUUGGGAUUGUUAGACAUUGUGAUCAAUAAUCCUAUACCAGCAAUCUAUAAAUCUUCCACCAAACCUAACUCAAAAUAGCCCCCAUCCUAUCUAAUAAAUCCCUAUACAAUAAAGAGGAAAUUAUUAACCACCUGUCACUUUACGUUAAUUAAUAAGCGGUCUAUUUUUCUUUCGUCCCCUACAGGAUUUCACAAAUCGGAGCAAUCUGAGAACGAAAUAGAUAAAACUCAAACGACUGUCGUUAUUGUUUGUGUCCUGAUAAUUACUUUUGUUAUCGGAAUUGUCGUAUUCCUUGCAUACAGAAACAAAAACAGGUAAAAAAAAUAACCGAAUUUUUAGACAUCUCACUCGACUGCACUGGUAUGGUUAGAGCUCGACAACUGGACUCUGUAGCUCAGUUGGUUAGAGCGCUGCACCGGAAUCGCAGAGCCGCAGGUAUCUAGAUAAUCAAUUUGUUGAGAAAAGAAAAUUGGUUAUUUUCCCCAUUAUUGGAUGACCUGCCAAGCCGUGUAAAUGUUCAAGCAAUACAAGGUCUUGAAAUCUGCUGUGUUGGUGCAAUGUACUCAGGUGAAUAAGAUGUUUGUGUGACCAACACAGCAGAUUUCAUGAUUAUUAGAUUACACUGAUAUCGAAGGAACUAGACUCAGUUCCGAAAUAUCGUAUACUCGAACCGUCCUGACCGCGUAGCUCAGUUGGAAGAGCAUUGGGCUAGUAUUCCAAAGGUCGUAGGUUCGAAUCCCGCCGUGGCCAGGCAUAUUUUUUAAGCCUGCCCAGUGUGGAUAUACACUCAGAGUAACAUCACACAAACAUAAUACAAGGUCUUGUUUCAUUUUGACUUACAAUAUUUUUUAUUUUUCAUAGAUUGGCCAAAUUGAUCCGAAGGGGGUCAGAAAAACCUGGUAAAGACAUUUUCUUUUGUUCUUCGUUUAACAGUUUUGUUCUCUAAAAAAUCACCGUCCUAUACUCUUAACUUCAAAUCAAUCAUUUUAAUUUCAACCUUUUCUUAACUGCAGAUGAAACAAGGCAUGCUUCCCCUGGACAAAAGUCUGGUGAUUCGAACAAUCCUAUAUACCAUUCCAGUCAUUCAGCGCAAAAUGACUGCCAACUAUACGAAGCAACGGAGCCGGAGCCUGUCUACCAGUAUGCGAACGCUGGUCAUGAAAUCGAGGCGCAGCCGCCACCGAAAUUAACAUACGACUAUGCUUUACCAGAGGAUCGCCCGAGAAUCGGGCAGCGGACAUGCGUCGGAAAAGACGGAGAUUUGGCAGGAGAGAAUAAAAUGCUCCAACAUGCAUCGGAGCUGAAUAAUAGCAAGAAUACACCACACAUGUAUCAUGUUCUUGAAAAUAAUUAGAUGUGAAACCUAAUCAAAACACCGUAUUCGAUUAACUUUAUUAAUGCAUGCAUAUAUAGUGAUCAGUUGAAGUUACUGAAUUCAAAGACUAUGAACGCUGCUUUCAUAGAAACUGGAUGGCUAUGAUUACUUGAAGUCACUGAAUUCGAAAAUAUCUUGAAACACCACUUUCAUAGUAACUGUCUUACGAUUAGUUCAAAAAUCCCUGAAACGCUACUUUCAUUGAAAUUACCCUAUUUCCUUUUGUAUGUUUGUAUCUAUCGUAUUGUUAUUAUUUAAACUUAUUUAGACACACGUUGGCGUUUCAGUGGCCUGGUUUUCAAAGGGUCUUUUGAUUAGUUUGGUCGUUGAACUCGACAAGAGCUAUUAAAACACUACCAGAUACAAAAUUCCCUAUGACUGGUUGAUGCCAAUCAACAAAAAAUUGAAAUAAAAAAAAACCACCUUGAAACUCUCUACCUUCAUCGAUUAUUUUCUAUAAAUAUUAAUCCUAUACAAAAAGACCCAGUAUGCAACUUCCUAAAAAUUUCCUGUCACUGGGAUUAAUUGA